CAUCACGUCAUUCCAUGAUGGCUGAAGAUCCUGGCGGAACACUUUUCAAUUUAUCUUUAAUUUUUCUUUCUUUCUCUGUACGUCGGCUUGCCAUAGAGGCAUGGCAGGACUCACAGCCCCGCUAAGCGUUCGCAGAUCAUUGGUGUCGACAUGCCCAAGAAAGGGAACCGAAAACGGCUGAAAUUUAAGACUGGGGACGUCUGUUCGGAAUCAGUGACGGUAGCUGAUUAUGCUGAUGCCGACCCAGCUGUUGUGAAGUCGGGGAGGGUGAAGAAGGCUGUCGUGAAUGCAGUUGCUAAAGAAGUGAAAUCCCUCUGUGGCCUGGAGGCGUCUCAGGGGGCUGUAGAGGAAGUCCUGUCGUCGGCUGUGAGUGUCAACACAGACGCUUCGGACGGCAGUGAAGACCUGGACCCUGAAGAAGAUGGAGAACAUGAAACAAAGGUGGCCCACAAGAAGAAAAACAAGAGAAGAAAGGAGAGCAGUGAGAGCAGCGAUGGGGGAGAAUAUCCAAUGGAUAUUUGGCUAAUGCUCUCCGCCUAUAUUCGGCCUGAGGAUGUGUGCAAAUUUGCGCUUAUCUGUAGAAAUGCCUGGACAGUCACUUGCACUGCAGCUUUUUGGACAAGGCUUUAUAGAAGACACUAUAGGAUUGAUGUUGAUCUGCCGCUUCGUCUCCAGCCUUACUCCAUUGAUAUAUUGAAUCGUCUAAGGGCCCGCGUCAUUCGCUCCCUUUUCCAUUUGUACGAGCCAUUCAGCUUGCGUGUCUCGAAAAUUCCUGCCCUGCCCGAAUCCACGCCGACAACUUUGCUCAACUCCAGGUGUUUGCUCUUCUGGGUCAAAAGGAUGUCAGGGACUCGACCAGAUGUAUUGUGGGAGUUCAACUUCAAGUUUUUAAAGCAGCGGGCACAAAGUAAAAAUGGUUGUGCCAAGUCCUUGAGCUUGCCCAGACAAUACGAACAUGUCCACACAAACCCGGACACUGACUGCUAUGUGCUUCAGGUCACAACUCUCAACUUCAUCUUCACCCCUGUGGUCAUGGGCAUGACCCUGACCUUGUUCACAAUCAACGUCAGCACAGACAUGCGGCACCAUCGUGUCCGUCUGAUGUUCCAGGACUCGCCACUCCACCGUGGGAAGAAGAGGGUUGAUCACUGCGGGACCCAGGUGGUGUUGGAUCCUGUCCACAGUGUGAGGCUAAUGGACUGGUGGCAUCCACAGUACCCCUACAUAUCCUCCAUAUAGGAUAUCUGCUCUCUCAGUUCCUUCUGCAGCAUUAUUCCCUCCUCGGUUACUCUAAGAGUUCCACUGUUAAUUUCAUCCCUCUCACCAAAAUGAAGAAAUUCUAAUGGAUGAUUCUGCAAAACUCAAAUCUUGAAAAGGUUAUUGCCCAUUCACGUUUACUUGUCAUCGUUAGAUGUUAAGUCCAACAGGGACUGGCCUCAGUUGGGAUGCAAAUACUUCCUUCGAGUGUGGCCAUGAGACACACAUCAGCAACCCGUCUUCUCUUCCAAAGUCUUUGUGUAAUCAUGGAGUAAUAGGGCUGGGUGUUAUGGAAAAUAAAUCAAUGUCAUAACCAGGAAAUCAUUUAUCUAAAUUGUCUUAGUAUCUGUUGAUACAUGAAAAAACAGAUUUGAUUGUUGAGUAAGGCACAUUUCAAAGUCGCAGUGAAACUGAUUCAUUGGAACUCUACAGAUGGUUCUGGGAGAUAUUAAACUUGAAAUUACUUUGCAUGGUUUGCAUAAUGUUUUACAAUAUUACAGCAUUAGUUCAUAGAUGCAUCACACACACAUGGCAGACAGGAACAAUUAUUUGGUACUACUAGACCAGUCCCCCAUUCUCCUAGCAGACAACAUGGUUGUAAGUUGAAUCUACAUGUGUGACAAAUUUUGUAGAAGUGUUUCUAAAGCUCAUGGGUGAAUAAGGUGCUAUAUUUGUACUUACCUCUUAUAGUUUGUUUUAUGCUCACUUGAAAGUUACUCUGAAAUAUCUAGAUUAUUGCGUUGAUUUGAGUUUUGAUAAUAAUACCCCAACAUAUUGCUGAAAACCAUGUUUUCUAUUCAGGGUAUAUUUAAAUCUAGGCAGCCUCUCUUAGUUUUAUGUGAAUAUUAAAGACACUGCUCUACACUGAAAGGGACAAAGAGAUGAUUUACUAGAUGUAACCAACUCACCUGCUGAUUUUGGCAGUGUUUCUUUUAAAUGUUUCAUGGCUGAAAUAUCUUGACUGUUUUCUCGCUGAUCGUGUGGCCCACGUCCCUCACUGCCAUCCACCUCUGGACACUCAGUCUCAACUCUGAAUGGCUCAAAGGUUCAAAGUAGUUUGUCUUGUGCAUAUUGAAUGUAAGUAGAUUUAUACCAAUCACAUGCUUGAUACCAAUCAAUUGGUAUGAUGAGAACGAGCUACUAUUGACAUUGUCCACCCAUCAUUUAAAAUUGAUUUGUUUUGCACAUAUACAAAUAUUGUUAGAUUACACCUCUAGGCAUACAAAUAGUCUUAUCAGGUGAGAGUUCCCCUGAUUAAAAUAAACUUAUUGCACUGAAAUAAAGUGAAACUGCCCUUGAAGAA